CGCGAGAAUACGGGCACUAUUUGCGCGCAUGCGCGAGCCGAGUUGGUCUCUUUAGGUUAUUGCGGCGCGGGCCACCAUGAGCAGCAAAGUCUCCCGCGACACCCUUUACGAGGCGGUGCGGGAAGUCCUGCACGGCAACCAGCGCAAGCGCCGGAAGUUUUUGGAGACGGUGGAGUUGCAGAUCAGCUUGAAGAACUAUGAUCCUCAGAAGGACAAACGCUUCUCGGGCACCGUCAGGCUUAAGUCCACUCCCCGCCCCAAGUUCUCCGUGUGUGUGCUCGGGGACCAGCAGCACUGUGACGAGGCCAAGGCUGUGGAUAUCCCCCACAUGGACAUCGAGGCACUAAAAAAACUAAACAAGAAUAAGAAACUGGUGAAGAAGCUGGCCAAGAAGUAUGAUGCCUUUUUGGCUUCAGAGUCUCUGAUCAAGCAGAUCCCACGAAUCCUGGGCCCAGGCCUGAAUAAGGCUGGCAAGUUCCCUUCCUUGCUCACCCACAAUGAGAACAUGGUGGCCAAAGUCGAUGAAGUGAAGUCCACCAUCAAGUUCCAGAUGAAGAAGGUGCUCUGUCUGGCAGUGGCUGUUGGUCAUGUGAAGAUGACAGAUGAUGAGCUUGUAUACAAUAUCCACUUAGCCGUCAAUUUCCUAGUGUCAUUGCUCAAGAAGAAUUGGCAGAAUGUCCGGGCUUUAUAUAUCAAGAGCACCAUGGGCAAGGCCCAGCGCCUGUACUGAGGCACAGCCUAAUAAACCCUAAUGCCACCAUUA